GUUGUAAAUAUUAUGUGAGGGGAGGUGGCGAAGGGUUCAGCUUGUCAUUUGGUAUUGUCGGGGGUUCGAAAUGUCAGACGAAGAAAAUCUAAUUGUGCCACCUUUUCUUGAAGACGUCAGGGUUCAAUUCGUCGCGGAGAAAGUGUGUUUUCUACUGCAGCUGCAAAGGCAAAUAUGGGAGAGGAGCGCUGCAAACGGAGAGUUUCAGGAGCUUCUGAAGAACUUCUUUCAGAAAGAGACAGUCAUAUAUUUCUCUUCAAGCAGCAAACACUGUGUGCUGGCUUCAAAUGAGGUCCCACCUGUUGCUUCUCAAGACAGACAGAUCUAUAUUCUCAAGAAGAGAACUACUGCCAUAAACUCUGAGAACUACAGGGGGCUUCUGACUUUUGGGGUCCUUUCUGCAUCGCCUCUAAUGCAGCUAUCUUGUGCUAUACAGCAGGUAUGUGGCCCACUACUGACAGAUGCCAAAAAUCAUCCCAUGUGGCCAAAUCUGAUUUCUGAGGACAUCAAUCGACAUGUGGACAGCAUGUGCAGUAUGACAUCAGUCGUACAAGGGCAGGUUUUAGGGAAAACCGUCCUCCCUAUCCCAACUACAACAUGCUGGAUGGAAACAUCCUACAAUACAUUUAAAAUGUAUGAAAACUACGACAGGACUUUGGCUCAUACCAUUGAGACCCAGGUUAUCAGCUGGAGUAGUCUGAUUCAGAAACUCUUACAGCAGCACUCAUCAGACCUACUACAGAAAGGCUGCAUCCCAGGGCCCAGUGCAGAAAUCAGGUUUUGGGCUUCCAGAAAGAACAAUCUGGAGAGUAUUCAUCACCAGCUUCAGAGUCCCACUGUUGAAAUUAUGGCAAGAGUUUUGGAGGCGAUGGACAGCAGCUACCAUCCAACAAUCAACACUCUAAUUAACAAUGUGUCUAAUGCUCUUAAAGAAGCCCAAGAUGUUGACCUUUAUCUACAGCCACUAGAUGCACAGUUGUUUCAGCUGGAAAAGAAUGGAUUUGCUCAUAUAGACAAAUGCACUCCUGCACUUUUUCAUACAAUAUUCCUCAUCUGGACCAACUGCCAGUAUUACCAGAGACCAGCUCACAUCGUGGUGCUACUACAGGAACUCUGCAAUCUGUUCAUUGAACAGGCUUCUGCAUACCUACCUGAAGAUUUGUUAUGUAGGGAGGAUACAGAGGAAAGUGUGCUAAUGACAAAGAAGGUAGUAAAAGCUCUCAGAUGUUUCAGAGAGAGUUACCAGGCUCAGAAAGAGAGGCUGGCCAAGGAAGGCAGAUAUCCGCAUUGGGAUUUCCCAUCUGCCAUGGCUUUUUCACGUUUCAACCAGUUCAAGAAUCGUAUGCUUCAGCUGGAGAAAUAUUUUGAAACUGUGUUGGAAUUUCAACGGAUGGAAAAGCUAGAGUUUGGUGGCGUUAAGGGAAGGCUCUACAGUGAGCAAGUAUCCAAGAUACACAAUGAGUUCACCAACUACUGCCAAGCUUUAAAGCACAGUAAAAACAAUCCACUUGAGUUCACCUCUCAGGCUUUUGAAGUUGAGUAUAGCGGUUUCCAGAGAAGAAUUGCAGAAUUUGAACGUUGCCUUGCCAACCUGCUUUGUUUGGCUUUCAAAGAUUGCACAGGACUGGAAUCAGCUUUAAAAAUGUUAACGAUUGUUGGACCCUUUCUGGAGAGAAGACAAAUCAGACAGUUGUUUAGUCCAUCAUUUAUUCUGCUUCAGCAGCAUUUCAGCGAAGAGCUGGAGAAUUGUACAUUUCUGAUCAAAUCUCAGCUCAAUCAGGUGGACAGUGGUGUUUCAAAGAACAUGGCACACACAUCUGGAGUUUUAAAGUGGGCAAAAAUGCUCAAAGAACGCAUCGAAACACCAUGGGAACGUUUCAGAUUACUGUUUGACUUGCCUGCACAAAGUACGGAGAUGGUGAAUAUGUACAGCACGUACAGGGACAUGUUGAGUCUUUUGGACCAGUAUGAGGAGGACAUUUACACUGAGUGGUGUAAUGAUUUGGAGCAGAGUUGCUUAAUCAACCUUAACCAGCCUCUGAUUUCAAGAAAUCCCACAUCCGGACUGAUCUCAGUCAACUUUAGUCCAAAGCUUGCUGAAAUCUUGAAAGAUGUCAAAUAUAUUCACACACUCAGUAAGAACACCAUCCCUCCAGCUGCAAUAACUGUUUUUGACAAGCGGGAUAUUUUCAGAAAGUAUCUGAACAGUUUGCAGCUCGUAGUGCAAUGCUACAACCAUCUAAAGAUGACGGCGCUGGAGGUAGAACUCCCUCUCAUUAGAGCUGAUCUGGCUGCGGUAGACUUGCAGCUAGCAAAAGCCGAAACCAGCCUGACAUGGCGGGAUCAGGACUGCUGGAGCUUUAUUCAAAGCACAAAGCACCUGGUCCAAGACCUUGCACAUCGAGUCAGCAGAGCCAAGGAAAACUUUGAUACAAUUCAGUCAGUUAUAAAGGGUUGGAGCAAAAAGGCCAUGUUUAGCAGAAAGGACAACAAGAAAAGCUCCCUCAUACAACUGGAGAGCAGGACUGACUAUAUAAGCAAGGAGUACAGCUCCAUGAAGAGGGAUGGGGACUUCAUACAUCAGCUGAUACAGGUGAAUAUGGUCCUUUUUCAUGCUGAUCCUGCUUCAAAAGGAUGGCAAUCCUAUCUGGAAUAUGUGGACGAGGUGGUAGUCGAAGGGCUCUUCAGCUACAUCAACCACUCUCUUCAGUUCUUUGUGGAUAAUAUGGAAUCUUUGCCAUCCCAGCCUCCUCUGUUCGAGGCCCAGUUAAUCCUGAAUGGUUCCGUUUUAUGUUUUAGUCCUUCUAUUGACCGAGAUGCAGGAGAUGGUCUCUAUGAACUAGUGGAAGGACUGAUUGGAGAUGUAUUCAAGUGUUCAAUGAACAUCCGGAGAGUAGCUGAUCAUCUUAGCAUGGAGAGCUAUCAGGAUGUAAUGGAGGACAUGCCAGAUUUGUUGAACCUGAGGCAAGAAAUAAUGGCUAGAGUGGACAGUGUCCUUAAAACAGUUGAAAAUGACCAGAAACGUUUUGAUUGCUACACUCACCUAUGGCAAGAUGACAGAGCACAGUUUCUCAGGCAGUUUCUCACAUAUGGUUGUGUUCUCGACACAGAAGAGCUGGAGGCUUAUAGAGCAAAUGCACUCCCUGGAACCCCUCCUACAACUGAUAAUUUCAAAGAACAAGUUGAUUAUUAUGAGACAUUGUAUGCUGAUGUGUCACGACUUGAAGACUUUAGGUUGUUAAAUGGGUGGCUUCGGGUGGACUGCAGGUUCUUUAAAGCCAGCCUUCUUAACACAAUCAAAAAGUGGAGCUGGCUUUUUAAAGAGCAUCUCUUGACAUAUGUGACAAACAGCCUUGAAGAACUGCAGAAGUUUCUCCAAGUUGUGGUCAAGGGGUUAAACGGUCCUGUUGCCAAAGGAGACCACCAAGGUUUUAUUGACAUCAUGAGCCACCUUUUGGCUAUCAGAGACAGACAAAGUGCCAUUGACAAGAUGUUUGAACCUCUCAGAGGCACAAUAGUUCUCCUAGAACACUAUGGUGUGACAAUACCAGAGCUUUUCUACAAUCAAAUGGAGGAGCUCCCAGAAAAAUGGAAUGAAGUCAAAAAACUGGCCUUAAAAGUGAAGAAUGAGGUCGCACCCAUGCAAAGUGCGGAAGUGAUAGUUUUGAGAACACGAUGCAUUGAUUUUGAGGUAAAACAAACCAAAUUCAAGGAAGAGUUCAAAGCAAAAGCACCCUUCAGUUACCACACAGUGAAUCCCUAUGCUUGUCUGGAGAAAUCAGAAAAAGCUAUCCGAGAUAUGGAGAGAGAAGUAGCAGAGCUACAAGAGUCCACAAAUCUAAUUGAUGUAACUAUUCCCGACUACAGAGACAUCAAGCUCUGUCGACGAGAAAUCACUGUCCUGAAAGAACUGUGGGACAUUGUGAUAUAUGUGCAGAGCACUGUUGAAAACUGGACAAAGACGAAAUGGAGGCAGAUAAAUGUGGAGCAGAUGGAUGCAGAAUUGAGGAGCUUUGCCAGGGACAUACGGAAGCUUGACAAAGACGCACGCUUGUGGGAUGUGUAUAUGGCAUCAGACUUGUAUGUAAAAAACUUGUUGAUAUCAUUGCGUGCCGUGAGUCAACUACAGAGCCUGGCAAUACGAGAGCGUCACUGGGUGCAGCUGAUUAGAACAAUAAAGGUUGACUUCACUGUGACAGACACAACCACCCUGGGGGAUCUUUUGGAUUUGCAGCUUUAUUUGUUCGAAGAUGAAGUCAGCAAUAUAGUGGAUAAGGCAGUCAAAGAAAUGGCCAUAGAAAAGAUUAUAACAGAAAUAAGCCAAGCCUGGGCAUCAACGGAGCUUUCAUAUCAGGAACAUUACCAGACCUCUCUGCCACUACUUAAAUGUAACGAGGACCUUAUUGAAAUGCUUGAGGAUCAUCAGGUUCAGCUCCAGAAUGUCGUUCAGAGCAAGCAUGUAGCUCACUUCUCAGACCAGGUACUGGAACUCCAACACCAGCUGACUGUGGCUGAUGCUGUGUUGAGUCUCUGGAUGGAGGUCCAAAGAACAUGGGUCUACCUCGAAAGCAUUUUCGAAAGCUGUGGGAACAUUCGCCAACAGGUUCCUGACGAUGCUUUAAGAUUCCAGGAGAUAGAUGCUGAAUAUAAGGAGUUAAUGUUGGUUAGUGCUAAUACUAAAAACCUUAUUGACGCCACCAAUAAACCACAUCUGUUCGAGAAGUUGGAAGACCUGCACAAAAGGCUGGUUCUAUGUGAAAAAGCUCUUGCUGAAUACCUGGAGACUAAGAGAAUCGCAUUUCCCCGAUUCUACUUUAUUUCAUCCGCAGACCUUUUGGACAUCCUCUCCAAAUGGAGUCGCCCAAAGGAGGUUACUGUUUAUCUCCCAAAACUGUUUGACAGCAUGUCAGACCUUGAGUUUAACACAAGUGAGGCACUGCACAAUCCUAAACAUGCUUUGGGCAUGUACAGCAAAGAGAAAGAGUAUGUCCAUUUCCAAACUGAUUGUUUCUGUUAUGGACCGGUGGAAGAGUGGCUCACCCGUCUUGAGGAGUCCAUGAGGAAAUGUAUUAGGGGUCACCUGUCUGAAGCUGUGUCCGUGUAUGAGGACAGACCCAGAGACCAGUGGAUUCUUGAAUUCCCCGCUCAAGUUGCUCUCACCGGAUCACAGAUCUGGUGGAGCAACGAUAUGGAGCUGGUUUUUAGAAGACUGGAGGAAGGAUAUGAGUUAGCUUUAAAAGACUACAACAAGAAACAGGUUUCCCAACUCAACUUACUCAUUGAAAUGCUCCUUGGUGAGCUGAGCCCUGGUGACCGACAGAAGAUCAUGACUGUCUGCACUGUUGAUGUCCAUGCAAGAGAUGUUGUUGCCAGCCUCGUUGCCCAAAAGGUCAGCAACUCUCAGGCCUUCCAGUGGUUUUCGCAGCUUCGACACUGCUGGAAUGAGGAACUGCAACAAUGCUAUGUCAACAUCUGCGAUGCUCAGUUCCUUUACUCGUACGAGUAUGUUGGAAAUACUUCACGUCUGGUCAUCACUCCACUCACGGACCGGUGCUACAUCACGUUGACUCAGUCGCUCCACCUGACCAUGAGUGGAGCCCCAGCAGGCCCUGCUGGAACUGGGAAAACUGAGACUACAAAAGAUCUAGGCAGAGCCAUGGGGUUCAUGGUGUACAUCUUCAACUGCUCUGAACAGAUGGACUACAAGUCAAUUGGAAACAUCUACAAGGGUCUUGCUCAGACUGGAGCAUGGGGCUGCUUUGAUGAAUUCAACCGUAUCCCUGUGGAUGUUCUGUCAGUUGUUGCAGUGCAGGUCAAAACCAUCCAGGACGCUAUUCGGUCUAAAAAGGAAACGUUCCUGUUACUCAAUCAGGAUAUUGCCUUAAAAGAAUCAGUUGGGAUUUUUAUCACUAUGAACCCGGGCUAUGCAGGCAGGGCUGAACUACCUGAAAACCUCAAGGCUCUUUUUAGGCCCUGUGCCAUGGUGAUGCCUGACACUGAGCUUAUUUGUGAGAUAAUGUUGGUGGCAGAGGGCUUUCGUGGUGCUAAGCUUUUAGCCAGGAAGUUUACUACACUGUACAAUCUCUGCAACGAGUUGCUCUCUAAGCAGGAUCACUAUGAUUGGGGUUUACGUGCUGUCAAAUCCGUUCUGGUUCUGGCUGGUGCUCUGAGAAGAAAAGACAAGACAAGACCAGAGGAUCAGGUAUUGAUGCGUGCACUGCGGGACUUCAACAUGCCUAAAGUUGUGACUGAGGAUGUGACUGCCUUCCUGGGACUACUUGGGGACUUGUUUCCAGGCCUGAAGGUUGAGAGAGAAAGAAACUUAGAACUUGAGAAGGCCAUCAGAGAAUCUACCGUGGAGCUAGGACUGCAGCCUGAGGAAACCUUCAUCCUAAAGGUUGUACAGCUAGAGGAACUCAUGGCAGUGCGUCACUCUGUUUUCAUCAUUGGAAGCGCAGGGACUGGGAAAAGCAAGAUCCUGAGAGUCCUUCAUAAAACAUAUGUAAACCUAAGACGGAAGCCAGUCUGGAAUGACCUCAAUCCAAAGGCUAUCGACAGAGAUGAACUAUUUGGAUUCAUUCAUCCUGUAACUCGGGAGUGGAAAGAUGGUUUGCUUUCAUCACUGAUGCGGCAGCAGGCGAACAUAUCCCACCUUGGGCCUAAGUGGAUUGUGUUGGAUGGAGACAUUGAUCCAAUGUGGAUUGAAUCACUCAACACAGUGAUGGAUGAUAACAAGGUCCUGACCCUUGCCAGUAAUGAGCGUGUGCCGCUUACCCCAUCCAUGAGGCUGGUGUUUGAAAUCAGUCAUCUAAGGAUGGCCACGCCUGCCACCGUGUCCAGAGCAGGAAUCCUUUUUGUUAAUCAACAAGACUUGGGUUGGAACCCGUAUGUUACUAGCUGGAUUGACAGACGGGAACGGCAGACAGAGCGUGCUCACCUGAUGAUACUUUUUGAGAAAUAUGUCCCUCGUUCUCUUGAGCAGAUGAAAAACACUUUUAAAACAAUAACUCCUAUCCCAGAGAACUCCAUGGUGCAGACACUCUGCACUUUGCUCGACUGCCUUUUAACUCCAGAAAAUAUCCCUGCUGAGUCUCCUCGUGAGAUCUAUGAGACAUAUUUCACCUUUGCCUGCAUCUGGGCUUUUGGAGGAGCUCUCUAUAAAGAUCAGCUGCAUGAUUACCAGGUAAAGUUCAGUCAUUGGUGGACCAAAGAAAUGAGGACAGUUAAGCUUCCCACGCAAGGAACAGUAUUCGACUACUACCUUGACCACGAGACCAAGCGCUUUCUGCCCUGGGGUGACAUUGUACCAGGCUUUGAAAUAGAAAGCCACACACCACUACAGGCUGUUGUGGUGCACACAGCAGAGACUGUGCGUCUCAGCUACUUCUUGAACUUGUUGCUGGAGAGGAGGCAGCCGGUGAUGCUUGUGGGGAAUGCUGGAGUGGGAAAGACUGCACUUGUCAGAAACAACUUAGACGCUCUGUCAGAGAGUUACACAAUAUCAAAAGUACCCUUCAACUACUACACCACCUCCCUCAUGUUACAAGAGAUUUUGGAGCGACCAUUAGAGAAAAGAGCAGGAAGAACCUACUCACCUGUAGGCAACAGGAGGCUAGUCUAUUUUAUAGAUGACAUGAACAUACCAGCCGUUGACAGCUAUGGGACAGUGCAGCCUCAUGCACUAAUACGUCAGCAUCUGGAUUAUGGGCACUGGUAUUGCAGACAGAAACUGACUUUAAAAGAAGUCCAAAAUACUCAGUAUGUUGCAUGCAUGAAUCCAACUGCUGGCAGCUUCAUCAUCAACCCCAGGUUGCAGAGACAUUUCUCAGUGUUUGCAGUAAACUUCCCCUCACCGGAGUCUCAGGCAUCAAUGUAUGGUCAGAUCUUGUGUGGCCAUUUAAAACAAAGAACUUUCAGUCAGUCGGUCCAGAAAAGCGCCACUGCUGUUGUUCGAGCUGCCACAGCUCUUCAUGACAGGAUGGUUCACAGUUUUCUACCUACAGCCAUCAAGUUUCACUACAUCUUUAAUCUUCGAGACAUAUCUAACAUCUUUCAGGGCAUCCUUUUAGCUGGUCCAGAGACCGUGAGGGAAAGCACUGACCUGGUGGGUUUAUGGCUCCACGAGUCCUGCAGAGUGUACUCAGACAGACUGGUGGAUGUGAAGGACCUGCAGGUUUUCCAGAAGAUCCGAAUGGAGACUGUGCAUGAAUGCUUUGAGGGACUGGAGAUUGAAAAGGUGGACGAACAGCCCUUACUCUAUUGCCACUUUGCCAACAUGGGCGGAGGAUCUUCUUAUGUCCCUCUCACUAACUGGUCUACGCUUAGAACCAUCCUCACUGAGGCCUUGGAAAGCUACAAUGAGCUCUAUCCAGCCAUGAAUCUGGUGUUGUUUGAAGAUGCCAUACAACAUGUCUGUCGCAUCAGUCGUAUCCUGGAGGCUCCAAGGAGUCAUGGUUUACUGGUUGGGGUUGGGGGCAGUGGAAAGCAGAGUCUUACUCGUCUCGCUGCCUACAUGUCUUCAGUGGAAGUUUUCCAAAUAACACUGAGAAAGGGUUACAGCACCCAAGACCUCAAGGUGGAUCUUGCAAGAUUAUUACUAAAAGCUGGAGUAAAGAAUCAACGCGUGACCUUGCUCCUGACGGAUGCACAGAUACCUGAUGACCGGUUUCUGGUCAUUAUUAAUCACUUACUGGCAUCAGGUGAAGUUCCAGAGAUCUUCUGUGAAGAGGAGAUUGAAAAUAUUGUGUCUGGGUUGAGAAGAGAGGUGCGCAGCCUAGGACUGCUGGAUGACAGGGAGAGCUGCUGGGAAUUCUUUACACAUCGAGUGCAACAACAACUCACGGUAGUACUGUGUACGUCUCCUGUGGGCAGUGCCCUACGCGUCAGGGCCCGUCAGUUCCCGGCCCUCAUUAACAGCACAACCAUUGACUGGUUUCAUCCUUGGACAACUGAAGCUCUGCAAUCGGUGAGCUACAGGUUCCUCCUCGAAAUCGAUGGAAUUGAGCCUGCUGUCCAAGAAUCCAUCAGUCUUUUCAUGGCCUACGUUCACAACAGUGUCAACCAGGCAAGUGAAAAAUACCUGCGAAAUGAGAAGAGGUACAAUUACACCACCCCCAAGAGCUUUCUCCAGCAAAUCACCCUGUACAGAAACCUUCUGGAGAAAAGCCGGGCUCAGCUUCAGCACAAGAUGAACCGGCUUGACAAUGGCCUUCAGAAACUACAGAGCACUGCUGCACAGGUUGAUGAUUUAAAAGCCAAGUUAGCGUCGCAAGAAACUGAGCUGACCUUAAAAAAUGAAAACAUCGGAGCUCUUUUAACAAAGAUUGGGUUGCAGACUGAAAAAGUAAGCAAGAAGAGAGAAGCAGCAGAUGUGGAAGCAAAAAAGGUUGCUGUCAUGCAGGCAGAAAUUGCUGUCAAAAGAAAGGAUUGUGAAACUGACCUCACUAAAGCAGAGCCCUCGCUGACAGCUGCAGUGGAAGCACUAAACACCCUUAAUAAGGUGAAUCUUACUGAGCUGAAGGCCUUUCCAAACCCGCCAGCAGCGGUAACCAAUGUUGCAGCAGCUGUCAUGGUCUUGCUGGCUCCUCACGGCCGUGUACCUAAGGAUCGGAGCUGGAAGGCGGCAAGGGCCUUCAUGGGCAAGGUAGAUGAUUUUUUGCAUGCCCUGGUGUCAUAUGACAAAGAGCACAUCCCGGAGUCCUGCCUGACUGUGGUGAAGCAACAAUAUUUAAGAAACCCCGACUUCCACCCCGAUCUAGUUUGGACCAAAUCUACAGCUGCAGCUGGACUUUGUGCCUGGACUAUCAAUAUUGUCAGAUUCUAUGAGAUUUAUUGUGAGGUUAUCCCAAAACGCUGUGCAUUGUCACAAGCUAAUGCAGAUCUAGAAAUGGCAACAGCUAAAUUUUUGGCAAUUCAAAAGAAACUGGCGGAUCUGGAUGCCAACCUUCAAAGCCUAACAGCUCAGUUUGAAAAAGCUACAGCUGAGAAAAUCAGUUGUCAGGAGGAGGUGACACGAACCACCCAGACCAUAGAGCUGGCCAACCGACUCGUCCAAGGCCUAAUGGCAGAAAGGGAACGCUGGUCCCAGGCGAUUGUCCAGUAUGAGAAACAGCAGAAAACUCUGUGUGGCGACGUCCUCCUCACAUCAGCUUUCAUCUCGUACUUGGGUUAUUUCACGAGCCAGUACCGUGUGGAGCUUUUCAACAAUUCUUGGGUCCCAUUUCUUCAGUCCCAGAAGGUCUCUGUACCCCUGACAGAUGGCCUGGAUCCGAUCCUCAUGCUUACAGAUGAUGCCACUGUGGCUGCUUGGCACAACCAGGGCUUGCCAAAUGAUAGGAUGUCUAUCGAAAAUGCUGCCAUCCUGACCACCAGUGAGCGUUGGCCACUCAUCAUUGACCCACAACAGCAGGCCAUCAAGUGGAUCAGAAACCGACUCGGGCCAGAGCUGAGGGUGGUGCAACUGGGACAGAAAGGGUAUAUGGAGGUGAUUGAACAAGCUCUUGUCUGGGGAGAAACCGUCCUAAUAGAACAUCUCCCUGAAAAGGUAGACCCAGUCAUGGAGCCUCUACUGGGAAAGAGAACUAUUAAAAAAGGAAGGUAUAUUCUUUUUGGGGACAAGGAGUGUGAGUACAACAAGAACUUUCAGCUCAUUCUGCACACCAAACUGGCCAAUCCACACUUCCCUCCCGAGCUCCAGGCCCAGACCACCCUCAUUAACUUCACAGUGACGCCUGAAGGCUUGGGGGAUCAGCUGCUGGGAAGGGUAGUGUCCAGUGAGAGACCUGACCUGGAGAGACUCAAGAUGCAGCUCACCAUGCAGCAAAACCACUUCAAAAUUGAGCUCAAAAGGUUUGAAGAUGACCUCCUGAGUCAUUUGUCUGCCGCCCAUGGUACUUUUCUGAGUGACAACUCACUGGUGGAGCAACUGGAAAAUACCAAGUGCAUGGCCACUCACAUUCAGUGCAAGGUGGUGGAGGCCAGAGAGAACGAGACAAAGAUCAACGAGGCUCGGGAACUAUACCGCCCAGCGGCUAAAAGAGCGUCGCUCCUAUUUUUUAUCAUCAAUGACCUCAGCAAGAUUAACCCCAUGUACCAGUUUUCUCUCAAGGGCUUUUACUCGGUGUUUAACAAAGCAAUGGAGCAUGCCGAACGGGAUGAGGAUGUGAGGACGAGGGUGCACACCCUCACUGAGGCCAUCACCUAUUCUGUAUUCCUGUACACCAGCCAGGGCCUGUUGGAGAGAGACAAGUUAACCUUCUUGUCAAACACUGCCUUCCAGAUUCUCCUCAGUCAGGGUCUGAUUGAUCCCCAGGAGUUUGAGUUCCUGCUUCACUUCCCAGUAGAAGCUACAAACGUCAGUGCUGUGUCGUUCAUGUCUCCACAGACCUGGGGGUGCAUUAAGACAAUCUCUACAAUGGAGAAAUUCAGCGGGCUUGACAAAGACGUGGAGAGUUCACCGAAACGCUGGAGGAAGUUUGUUGAAUCGAGUUGUCCUGAGGAUGAAAAGCUACCUCAGGACUGGAAGAAUAAGAGCACCCUUCAGAAGCUCAUUAUACUCAGAGCACUCCGACCUGAUAGGCUAACCUAUGCAGUGAGGAAGUUUGUGGAAGAAAGCAUGGGAACUAAAUAUGUGAGCACCAGGCUGGAAUUUGAGAAGCUGUUUGAGGAAAGCAGUCCCUCAACCUCCAUGUUCUUCAUCCUCUCACCUGGAGUGGAUCCACUUAGAGAUGUUGAGAAACUAGGUUUAAAGCUGGGAUUUUCCAUUGACCGGGGAACUUUGCACAAUGUGUCCCUGGGACAGGGGCAGGAGGAGGUAGCAGAGAGGGUUCUCAGACAUGCCUCCGAACAGGGACACUGGGUCAUUUUGCAGAAUGUACACCUUGUGGCUCGUUGGCUGCCUUCGCUUGAUGAUCUCCUGGAGACAGCAGCAGUAGACUGCCAUGCCAGCUACAGGGUCUUCAUCACUGCAGAACCAGUACAGAACCCCGAGCAGCACGUUAUCCCUAGAGGCAUACUGGAGAAUGCCAUCAAAAUCACAAACGAGCCCCCCUCUGGCAUGAAUCCCAGUCUACACGAUGCCCUCAACAACUUCAGUCAGGACACCCUGGAUAUGUGCUCCAGAGGGCAAGAGUUCAACUCCAUGUUAUUCUCCCUCUGUUUCUUCCAUGCCUGUGUAACAGAGCGCAGAAAAUUUGGUCCCCAGGGGUGGAACCACAACUACCCCUUCAGCACAGCAGACCUCACCAUCUCUGCCCAUGUUUUAUAUAACUACCUAGAGGCCAACUCAAAAUCCAUGCAGGUGCCUUGGGCGGACUUGCGCUAUCUGUUCGGAGAGAUUAUGUAUGGGGGACACAUCACUGACGUCUGGGAUAGAAGACUCUGCAAGACCUAUCUGCAAGAAUUUAUGAAUCCUAACAUGUUUGGAGCAGAGCUUUUUUUGUGUCCGGGAUUUCUGGCUCCUCCAUUUUUGGACUACACGGGUUACCAUGUUUAUAUCGAUGAAAACCUCCCCACUGAGAACCCCAUGGUAUACGGCCUUCAUCUAAAUGCCGACUUGGAGUGCCUCACUGUCACCUCAGAAAACCUGUUCAGGUCUCUGUGUGACCUGCAGCCCCAGGACCCCUCCAGACGAGACGAAGCCACUGAGAGCACAGAGGAGAAGGUUAUGGACAUAAUCGAAGACAUUCUGGAGAAGCUUCCUGAGGAAUACAGUGUUGUAGAGAUGAUGGCAAAGACUACAGAGCGAAGCCCCUAUAUCUUAGUGUGCUUCCAGGAGUGUGAACGUAUGAAUCUUCUGCUAGCAGAAAUAAGGAAGUCCCUUAAUGAGCUGGAUGCUGGCCUGAAGGGAGAACUCACCAUCUCCUCCAGUAUGGACACUCUACAGUCUGCACUUUUCAAUGACUUUGUUCCAGAUUCUUGGGCUAGACUGGCUUUUCCCUCAACGAAAACACUGGCACAGUGGUUAAAUGAUCUAAUGAGCAGCUGUCAUGAGUUGGACAGUUGGACUCAAGACUUUGUUCUACCUGCAGUUGUUUGGCUAUCAGGGCUCUUCAACCCACCGUCCUUCCUUACAGCUGUACUGCAGAGUAUCGCUCGCAAGACUCAGUGGCCCCUAGACAAAAUGACUCUGACUGUUGAUGUAACAAAGAAGGUGAAAGAGGACUUUGGACAUCCUCCGAGGGAAGGAGCAUACAUCCAUGGACUCUUCAUGGAAGGGGCCCGUUGGGAUGUUGAGUCGGGCAUCAUCUCUGAGGCUUUCCUUAGAGAUCUCACCCCCUCCAUGCCGGUGCUGUAUGUUCGAGCUUUGCCUGCAGAGGAGCAGGACGUCAGGAACACCUAUGAAUGUCCAGUGUACCGCACCAAGCAGCGUGGCUCCACAUAUGUGUGGUCCUUCCACCUCCGAACCAAAGAGCCUCCAGCUAAAUGGGUCGUAGCUGGAGUUGCUUUGCUCUUGUCUCUGUGAGAAAGUCGUUAGUCAGGGGGGAGCAUUUUUAUCAUGUGUUGAAACUACUUUAAAAACAAUGUUAACAAAAUGUAUGAUGUAAUAGUAUGUAUUAUUGGUCCAUGCAUGUUUCUUACAUUCACAGUAAUUCACAUUUAAUCUCUUCGUUUUAAUUUUAGUAGUUUUAGUGCUCAGGCUGGUGUUGAACCUGUUGUCUGUGUCCACCGCUGCUGCUCAUCUCCCUUGAGUCUGGCCGUGAUUUGUCUGGAGCACACGUCUCUAUUUUAGACCAUGUUAUUUUGGAUCAGCAGCAUAUUUUAUUAGAAGGUCAAGAUUGAAAAAAGCUCUCCGGCUGCCCUCUGCUAACUGAAUGAUACACAAUGCUGUCUGGAGGGUCCUGCACCAAAUUCCCAGGAGAUGAUGUGCAUGGUUGCUAUUGACUUUUAAAUGAGGUGCAUUUGACAUUGACCUUUUGUACUGCGGAGGCAGAAUACUAACAGACUAGUGUAAUUCAUUCAGCCAAGCCUGUUGCAAAAACCUAUUGAAAGGAACUGAUAGAUUUGUAUGAGAAAGCAACACAUUAGAUUACUCAUCCUUUAUCUGUCUUCUCCCCUCUGUCUGCAUCUGCUUAACCUACUCAGAACUAAAUAAAACCUUUAACUUUCCAUCAGUGUAUGGAAAGUGUUAUCUUAUCAAAA